AGAUGGUGGCCAGUCUCUGUCGAGCCGACACAGUGCCGCCACAGUUCUCCAGCACGCUGCGUUCCUUCUCCAGCGAAGGCCUCAGGGUUCUGGCUCUCGCCUGUAAACCAGUGGACAUGAAUUCAGACUUGAUGAACAUUGAACGAGCUGAAGUAGAGAAGGAGCUGAAGUUUCUGGGCUUGCUGAUAAUGAAGAACCAGGUAAAACCAGAGACUGCAGGUGUUAUCGACGUCCUGACCGAGGCCCACAUUCGUACUGUGAUGGUCACUG